UGUGCAAAAGAGGAGCCCUGCCAUUUUCUGUGUCCUACUCGUCGUCCUCCUCAUCCUUGCAUGCGGAAAUAAAGCUUCACACACAAAGCUGUUGUCACCCCUCUCAUGUAUAAUAAUUAGUCCUGCAACAUUGCAUCAGCCGUAAAAGAGCAAUCCGAGACAAAGUUGAGCACAGCCUCGCCUUCAACACCAUCUUUUAGACUCGCGAUAGGAGGUUUCCCGAAAUCCACCCGCCUCACCCACCACUCGAUCCGAUGCAUCCCCCACAGGCCAAUGUCACUGCAAAUCCCCCUCCCGUGUUACCCGUCUCCAGGGUGGCCUCGCGGUAGCGUCAUCCCACCGGUUUGGUGUAGGAAAGAGAGUAGGACGGAGGAGACGGCGAUAGGAGAAGCCAUUGGAAUUUAGAGCACGAGAGCGCACCCCGUUGCCCUGCUCCGCCUCCCUGCACCUCUAUCAGUCACUCACACCUCUCAAGAUCACAGCUUUGGAAUCAUCGAACGAGAAAGAGAAAGGAGAGGGGGUGGAACGAGAAGGGAGCCCCGCGGACCAGAUGACCAGGAAGCCCCUUUUGUUGUCAUGUGCAAUGUGUCUUCUGCUGCUGUGCAACGGACGUCAAUCUCUCUGCAACAUGUCGCCGUUCCUUAGUUCUCCUCCUCUCUUUUAAUCUCCGUACCAUCGGUGGUGAAAUGCCCGUAGCUGAAGUCUUCGCCUUGACCCCUUACCGUUCGAGAUCUCUCAUCAAAAUCCAAUCGUUUGUCGGGCUAUGGGUUCGUUUUCCCUCAGCUCGUUCGGCGACCUCCCUUUUCCGGAGCAGGUCGCGGCGGCCACCCAUGCAUCGCUGCUGCUCUUCUUCUUGUUCUUUGCCUCUGCACGGCGAGUUUUCGCCUGCGCCAUCCGCCGCAUCCCGGCUCCCAAGGAUGACGUCCAGAGCCCUCAUCCCGUUCGUGGCGAUUCUGGUUGCGAUCGGUUUGUGAUAGUCGGUUAUUGGUUCAAGAUCACAGCUUUCUGCUGCUUCUUCGUUUUCUUCCUUCAAGCGGCGGUCUUGGGGUAUGAAACCGUGACCUUCCUUACAAGAGACGCUGAAUCAAGGGAUUACACUCUUCUCUACCUGCCUGCCGUGCAAGGAUUGGCGUGGCUCGUCUUGGGUUCAUCGGUAUUCCACUGUAAAUUGAAGGCAUUGGCCAAGUUUCCAUUCUUGAUUAGGUUAUGGUGGUUUAUUUCAUUCAUCUUCUGUCUUUACAUUGGUUACCUUGAUACCAAAGGAUUGAUAACGAAUUUGAUUAGCCUAAAUUCACACAUACUAGCAAAUUAUGCCUCGUCACCUGCCCUUGCCUUCCUUCUCGUUGCCUCAGUUCGGGGUGUCACAUCUGUAGAACUUUAUAGGGCCCAUGGAGACCUCAGGGAACCAUUGCUUGCCGGAGAAGAAGAAGCGGGCUGUCUUAGAGUCACACCUUACAGUGAGGCAGGUCUUUUCAGCAUUGCAACUUUGUCCUGGCUUGACUCACUCUUGCUGCUGGGUGCAAAAAGGCCAUUAGAGAUACGGGAUGUACCUUUGCUAGCCACAAAAGAACGAUCAAAGACUUGUUACAAGAUACUGAAUUCAAAUUGGGAGAGGUUGAAAGCUGAGUACCAUGAGAACCAGCCAUCAUUGGCAUUGGCCAUUUUUCGGUCAUUCUGGAAAGAAGCUGCUUUCAAUGCUAUAUUUGCUGGAUUGUUCACUGCAGUUUCUUAUGUUGGUCCAUAUCUGAUAAGCUAUUUUGUUGAUUAUUUGAGUGGCAACAUAGCAUUUCCUCAUGAGGGUUACAUUUUGGCCUCGAUAUUUUUUACUGCUAAGUUGAUAGAGACUCUUACCACCCGACAGUGGUACCUAGGAGUAGAUAUAUUGGGCAUGCAUGUUAGAUCAGCCUUGACAGCAAUGGUGUACAGAAAAGGGCUUAGGUUAUCAAGCACAUCCCGACAGAGCCAUACAAGCGGUGAGAUAGUAAACUACAUGGCAGUUGAUGUGCAGAGAAUAGGUGAUUAUUCAUGGUACCUCCAUGAUAUAUGGAUGCUUCCACUACAAAUCAUUCUUGCUUUGGCAAUCUUGUACAAAAAUGUGGGCAUUGCAUCGGUUGCAACACUGGUGGCUACCAUUGUCUCCAUUAUCGUUACAAUUCCUCUCGCCAAGAUACAAGAGGAGUAUCAGGAUAAUUUAAUGGCUGCCAAGGAUGACAGAAUGAGGAAGACCUCUGAAUGUUUGAGGAACAUGAGAAUCCUAAAGCUGGAGGCUUGGGAAGACAGGUACCGCUUGAAAUUAGAGGAGAUGAGGAAUGUGGAGUUCAAGUGGCUCCGAAAAGCCUUAUAUGCACAAUCUGUUAUAACCUUCAUUUUCUGGGGGUCUCCUAUAUUUGUCUCAGUUGUAACCUUUGCUACUUCUAUAUUGUUGGGUGGUCAUCUUACAGCAGGUGGUGUACUUUCAGCUUUAGCUACUUUUAGAAUUCUUCAGGAGCCUCUUAGGAAUUUUCCAGAUUUGAUUUCCAUGAUUGCUCAGACAAAGGUUUCUCUGGACCGGAUAUCUGGGUUCUUACAAGAGGAAGAGCUACAAGAAGAUGCCACCAUAGUAGUUCCUCGGGGCCUUACGAACAAUGCUAUUGAAAUCAAGGAUGGAGAAUUUUGUUGGGACCCCUCAUCUGCAACACCAACACUCUCUGGGAUACAACUGAAAGUUGAAAAAGGCAUGCGAAUUGCAGUUUGUGGCAUAGUUGGUUCUGGCAAGUCAAGUUUCCUGUCUUGUAUUCUGGGUGAGAUACCAAAAACUUCCGGAGAAGUUCGGAUAAGUGGCUCUGCAGCUUAUGUCCCUCAGUCUGCUUGGAUACAAUCUGGAAAUAUAGAGGAAAACAUUCUUUUCGGUAGCCCAAUGGAUAAGCCAAAAUACAAAAGAGUUCUUCAUGCUUGUUGUCUGAAAAAGGAUUUGGAAUUGUUAUUGCAUGGAGAUCAAACCAUCAUUGGUGAUAGAGGUAUUAACCUGAGUGGUGGCCAGAAACAAAGAGUGCAGCUUGCUAGAGCACUUUAUCAAGAUGCAGACAUUUAUUUACUUGAUGAUCCUUUCAGUGCACUUGAUGCUCACACAGGAAGUGAGCUGUUUAAGGAAUACAUACUAAGUGCAUUAGCUAGCAAGACUGUAAUCUAUGUUACUCAUCAAGUGGAGUUUCUACCAGCUGCUGGCAAGAUACUGGUCCUGAAAGAUGGUCGGAUAAUCCAGGCUGGAAGAUAUGAAGAGCUUUUGCAGGCUGGAACUGACUUUAAUGCUUUAGUUUCAGCUCACCAUGAAGCAAUUGAAACAAUGGAUAUUUUAGAAGAUUCAAGUGAACCCAAUAGGAAAAGGUUAACAUCAAGUCCAAGCAAUAUUGAUCAAAUGAAAAGUGAAGCACCGGAAGAUGAACUGCCAUCUGAGAGAAAAGCAAUAAAAGAGAAAAAGAAAGUGAAACGUAUGAGAAAGAAACAGCUGGCUCAAGAAGAGGAACGUGAAAGAGGAAGAGUUAGCUUAAAAGUAUACUUAUCAUAUAUGGCUGCGGCAUAUAGAGGAACAUUAAUACCAUUAAUUGUCCUUGCUCAGAUUAUGUUUCAGGUGCUCCAAAUAGCAGGCAACUGGUGGAUGGCAUGGGCAAAUCCUCAAACUAGAGGCGACAAACCAAAGACAAACAGUGUGGUUCUUUUAGUUGUCUAUAUGAGCCUUGCUUUUGGGAGUUCGCUGUUUGUUUUUAUAAGAUCUGUUCUUGUAGCUACAUUUGGCCUAGCAGCUGCACAGAAGUUGUUUCUAAGGAUGCUUAAAACUGUCUUUCGAGCACCAAUGUCAUUUUUUGAUUCUACUCCAGCUGGGCGGAUCCUGAAUCGAGUCUCUGUGGAUCAAAGUGUUGUGGAUCUUGAUAUACCUUUCAGACUUGGUGGUUUUGCUUCAACAACGAUACAACUUCUUGGUAUAGUUGGUGUAAUGACUAAAGUUACUUGGCAAGUUCUGUUUCUGUUUGUCCCCAUGGCGAUUGCUUGCUUAUGGAUGCAGAAAUAUUACAUGGCUUCAUCGAGGGAGCUAGUCCGGAUCGUUAGCAUCCAAAAAUCCCCGGUAAUCCAUCUUUUUGGGGAGUCAAUUGCAGGAGCUGCUACUAUUAGAGGCUUCCGUCAAGAAAAACGUUUUAUGAAGAGGAACCUAUACUUGCUUGAUUGCUUUGCUCGUCCAUUCUUCUGCAGUAUUGCAGCAAUUGAAUGGCUUUGCUUGCGGAUGGAAUUGCUCUCAACUUUUGUAUUCGCUUUCUGCAUGGCUCUCCUUGUUAGCUUCCCACAUGGAUCUAUCGAUCCCAGUAUGGCAGGUCUAGCUGUAACAUAUGGCUUAAAUCUUAAUGCCCGUUUGUCACGGUGGAUAUUGAGCUUUUGUAAACUCGAAAAUAAAAUUAUUUCUAUUGAACGCAUACGUCAGUAUUGCCAAAUCCCAAGCGAAGCACCACCUGUUGUCAAGGAUUGUCGCCCUACAUCUUCAUGGCCAGAGACUGGAAAACUUGAACUGAUUGAUCUCAAGGUGCGUUAUAAAGACACCUUACCUAUGGUCCUUCAUGGUAUAACCUGUGCAUUUCCUGGCGGGAAAAAGAUUGGAAUUGUUGGGCGCACUGGAAGUGGUAAAUCUACCCUGAUACAGGCACUGUUCCGUUUAAUUGAACCUGCAGAAGGCAAAAUCAUCAUUGACAACAUAGACAUUUCUACCAUUGGCCUCCAUGAUCUUCGUUCUCGACUUAGCAUCAUUCCUCAAGAUCCCACUUUGUUUGAGGGUACAAUCAGGGUUAAUCUUGAUCCCCUUGAAGAGCAUUCUGAUGAUGAAAUCUGGCAGGCACUUGAAAAAUGUCAGCUUGGAGAGGUGAUCCGGUCUAAGCCACAAAAGCUAGAUGCUCCAGUUCUGGAGAGUGGAGACAACUGGAGUGUUGGACAACGCCAACUUGUUUCGUUGGGCAGGGCUUUGCUGAAGCAGGCUCGAAUAUUGGUGCUUGAUGAGGCAACAGCCUCGGUUGACACAGCUACAGAUAACCUUAUUCAGAAGAUUAUCCGAAGAGAAUUUGAGGAUUGUACAGUCUGCACCAUCGCACACCGUAUCCCUACUGUUAUUGACAGUGACCUGGUUUUGGUGCUUAGCGAUGGUAGAAUCACCGAAUUUGAUAGUCCACACCGGUUGUUGGAAGACAAGUCUUCGAUGUUUCUCAGGCUAGUUUCCGAGUACUCUACAAGAUCUAGCAGUAUGUCAGAUGCUUGAGUAUAUGGGGCUAUGGACGAAGGUAGAAGGCAAGGACUCAUGUUCUAACUGAUGACACUGUUCCACUGCAUCCGUGGAGAUCAAUAUCACAGGUAGUUUUCUAACCAACACGAGGAAAAUGAUGAAAACAUACUGACGGCUGGGAUAAUCUCGUUUAAGAACUACAAACUCAGAGUUGGGACACUUGCUGUAUAACGGAGCUCAAGAAAUCGGCCACAAUUUUCUGUUGAGGUACAAGAAUAAGGCAUUUUUUGAUAUCAUGUUUGAAGUGUUAUCCUCAUUUCUCAUUCCCCGGUAAGGCUAGAAUCUAUCUGUAACGUGAACUCCGUUCUGUACCAAUAAAUCAAAGUCAUCUCAAUGAAGAAAUAAUUGUUCUCGGCUAA